AUGGCCUCUAUCUACAUUGACGAAGAUGUCGGCAGGGACGACUCGACCGCCAACGGAACUGAAUCUGCCCCCUACAAGACCCUCCUUCAUGCUUUCAUGCAGCACGCUCCUACCGAUGGCAACCAGUACCUGACCCGCAAGUCCCAAACUGAGCCCACGGAGGCAGGUGCCGACCCCGCGUCUAAGUUGGAGUGGAAGCCGGCCACGAAGUCGGCGGUCAAGAAGGCUACCAACCUGUAUGAGCAACGGAAGAGAAAGGCUGCGAAGGAACAAGAAUUGGCUAUUCGUGAGAAGCAGGAGGCCGAGAAGCGACAGGCUAUUCUUGAGGAGGCGAAGAAGGUCGUUCUUAAGGAGGACACAUCACUUCCCAAGCCCACCAAGAUCCGUCUUGAUGUGACUGAUCCGGCCGUUGUCACGCUGGGAUCUCCCGAGUCGGAGACUCCUGGAACUCGUGUUCGUGUAGUUGGAAGAGUUCACCGUCUGCGUGCUCAGAAGGAUGUUAUUUUUCUCACUCUUACCGAUGGUUAUGGCUACCUGCAGUGUGUCCUGACUGGAAAUCUGUGUAAGACUUACGAUGCCAUGACUCUUACCCUUGAGACUUCGAUUGCUAUCCAUGGUGAGAUGCGUGCCGUCCCACCUAAGCAGCAUGCUCCCAACAACCGUGAGCUGCACGCUGAUUUCUACACUAUCAUUGGCCGCGCUGCUGGUGACAAGGAGGCCAUCACCACCAGGGUGGCCCCUGAUGCUGAUCCGCAAACCCUCUAUGACAACCGCCACCUCGUUCUCCGUGGUGAGACCGCCUCGUCAGUCAUGAAGGUUCGCGCGGCUACCCUCCGGGCUUUCCGCAAGACCUUUGAAGAGAACCGUAUGCUGGAAGUCACCCCUCCUGCCAUGGUCCAGACUCAGGUGGAGGGUGGAAGCACCUUGUUCGGGUUCGACUACUAUGGCGAGAAUGCUUAUUUGACCCAGUCCUCCCAGCUCUACUUGGAGACUUGCCUCCCCUCCCUUGGCGACGUCUUCUGUGUGUGCCCUUCUUUCCGUGCUGAGAAGUCGCUUACCCGUCGCCAUCUGUCCGAGUACACUCACAUCGAGGCUGAGCUUGACUUUAUCACUUUCAACGACCUCCUCGAUCACCUUGAGAACGUUAUCUGCCGUGUUAUUGAUCUGACUCUGGCUGAGCCGGCCACCAAGGCCCUCAUUGAGAAGCUCAACCCCGACUUCAAGCCCCCUAGCCGCCCCUUCAAGCGGAUGAAGUACUCUGAGGCCAUUGAAUGGCUGCGGGAACACGAUAUUCCCAACGAGGAGGGCAAGCCUCACGAGUUCGGCGAUGACAUUGCCGAAGCUGCUGAGAGAAAGAUGACCGAUAUCAUCAACCAGCCCAUCUUCCUAACCCACUUCCCCGCUGAGAUCAAGGCCUUCUACAUGAAGAAGGAUGUCGAAGACCGCCGUGUCACUGAGAGUGUGGACGUUCUCAUGCCUGGUGUUGGUGAGAUUGUCGGUGGUAGUAUGAGAAUGGAUGACUGGGAUGAGCUCAUGGCCGCCUACAAGCACGAAGGCAUGGAUCCUUCCCCGUACUACUGGUACACCGACCAGCGCAAGUACGGUACUUCCCCUCACGGUGGUUACGGUCUUGGUCUCGAACGUUUCCUGGCUUGGUUGUGUGCUCGUUAUACCGUUCGCGACUGCUCCUUGUAUCCUCGUUUCACAGGCCGUUGCACGCCUUAG